AAACAGGAUUCAAACAUGUAUUUUGGUUAUGAAUAUCUAUUCUUUCUGACAUUCCCUCUGCUGAUGAUAACAUUCGUUUGGUUUCUGUGGUCGGAAGGUAGUGAUGAUACAGUUGCUGUUGGUGUUGGUGGCGUCGGGGGCACGCAUUCAAGUGGUGACGUAAUCUUGGAAUUUGAUGAGUUUUCCGAUAGUGAAGAGGACAGUGACGACGAUAUUGAUGAAUAUUAUGUCGAAGAUGGUGAUUUAUUUGUCAACGUCGAGGACCCAUUCGAGUUCGAACUGCCCGAGAUACAGUUCCGGCGGGAGCGGGAUCAAGCUGAUCUGCAGCUUUAUAAAUUAACAUGGAGGCUUUGUGCUGCCAAUUUCUCAUAAACAAUCACACAUACAUACAAACAUACACAACAAUGGGUGGCAACUGAGUGUGUUGAGUUCUGCGCGCGAUUUGCCAGUUUUCGUUUACACACACACAGUUUAACGAAUGCUGAAUGCAGUUUUAUUUGAAUAUUUUCUUUAAUUCCCACCAUUUUAAAAAAUUCAUGUUGUUUCUUGGGAAAUUUUUUUAAAUUUUAUUUUAGUCUCGCACAAUUUUUUUAUGAAUUAAAAAUUUUAAAUGAAAAAUAUUUUCAAAAAAUGUGAUUAUAAAAAAUAUUUCCAAAACUUUAAUGAUUUAAUUUUUUUAUGUGUAUUUUAUUAAAAAAAAGUUUGCCUAUUUUACAUUUAAUUAUUAUUACUGAAAAAAGUAUUUAAAAAAAUGUGUUUUAUAAAAAAUAUUUCCAAAAAUUUUGUGUCGUCAAAAAAAAAUUUCAAA